GUCAGUCUAACCUCCGGUGCCGCGAGAGUCAAGUGGUGCCCGAAAUAAAAGGGACGACGACGUCACCUCUCUUCAUCAACCGAGAUUUUUCUCUGUUCGGUGUGAAGAUAAAAUAGAACAAAUUGCAUCUCUCACCUGUUUGUGAAAGAGAGCUUACUUGGUACUGGGAAGAGGCAUGGUCCUCGGAGUGACGGGGCGCCCUCGACUUAUGCUCGGGCGGGGGGCUUCGGUGGUCGUCCUGACGCGCGCGUCCUCCGAGUCCGUGUCUCCAGUCAGCAUGCGGUCGCCACUGCAGCCUGGCUGCUGCUGCGGCUUGUGCGCCAAGUGCCGCGAUUGGCACCGACAAAUCGCGCCGCUCAAUGGGCCCGACAGGCCCAUGCCGACCCUCUCCGACCGAUCCUACUUCCGAGUUCUGAUGUGGCUAACGACGCUUGGAAUCACCCUAGUGAUGUUUUCCUAUGUCACCUACCUCUCAGACCCGCUCAACGCGGUCGUCAAUUACGUCCUGACCAUGUCCGAGGGUUCGUUCAUCUUCAAGUUGUGGCUGAAGCCGCCGGUGCCAGUUUUUCUGAAGGUCUACAUUUUCAACGUGACCAACGCCGACGAGUUUCUCAAGGGAGGCGUCAAGCUGAAGCUUGAGCAAGUCGGACCCUACGUCUACAGAGAGGUCCUCGAGCACGAGCACGUCAGGUUCAACCUGAAUGGUACGAUGAGUUACGUCCCAAAGCGCUUUCCGCUGAUGACUGAUAAACUGGUGCUGGACACCUCGCAGGGCCGCGGCCUUGAGGACAAACUCGUCGUCCCAAACAUUCCUCUACUUGGCGUUGCAUCGAGACUUGCGGACCAGUCGUUUUUCAUGCAGGUUGGAUUUUCUACUUUGGUCAACUACGUCGACUCGCAACCAUUUGAGCAAGUGACGGUGAAACAGUAUUUGUGGGGCUACGAAGAUCCCAUCGUCCGACUGGCCAGCAUCGCUUAUUCAGAUGAAGUCACUUUCAAACAACUUGGACUUUUGGACCGGAUGUUUGACGCCGGUUUUGACAACGUGACGAUGAACACGACGACGUUAAACAUUGACACAUACAACGGCCAAUCAAUGCUGCACUCGCUCAACCGGAGCGGCAUGUGCGACGAGCCCCUGCGCGGCGUGUCCGAGGGCGUCCUAUUCCAACGCAACGUGUCGCGCAAUAAGACGCUGCAGGUGUACCGAAAGGGUUUCUGCCGCACGCUCGCCAUCCAGUUCGAAAAGGAGGAACCCGCCGGAAACGUCAACGGCAAUCCCGGUGGCCUCCGUUUCGUCAUCCCGGCGCAGGCCUUCAACGCCAGCCAAAACCAAGAGCAUUCUUGCCAUUGCGGCCGCAAAAGCCCCGACCAGAAGUGCGCCCUUAAGGACGGACUCUCGGACAUCCAAGACUGUUACUAUGGAAUUCCUGCCGCCGCUUCAUUCCCACACUUCCUUCAUGCCGACCCAUCCUUGCUAGACAAAAUCGAAGGGCUCAACCCCGACAUAGAAAAGCACCAAGCCUACGUUGUCAUCCAACAGCAACUUGGCAUUCCAGUUGGUGGCCACAUGCGAAUCCAGACAAAUCUGGUGCUGAAAAAGAACAGAUUUGUGAAGCGAAUUGCUCCUUUUGGAGACAUGAUUCUUCCAAUUGUUUGGACUGAUCUGACAUUUGAAGAAAUUCCAUCAACGCUUCAGUGGAUGUUGAACUUGUGCCUGAAGGUGGUGCCGCCGUUGCAGAACGGAUUCAUCUACUGCGGCGCCGCCCUGGGCUUUUCGAUGUUGCUGGCCGCCUUUGUCGGCUACCUUUGUUUGCCAAUCGCUGCCAAACCGGACAGGCCAAGUCCUAUGGAAAGCCGCAGGAGUUCCAAAGUGGUGCAAGUGCUGAUGGCUGAUGAGCUUUUGCGGCCGAGAACAGAGUUUUCCGUGGCGGUGUGACUGACUCUCUUCUUACUUCCGUGCUGUGAUUCCAAGAUUAUUUUGUAUAAUGUUAGCAUUUUUUUAAUUAAAUAAAAAUGAUCAACUAUUUAUGUAAAAAUGUAAUUUUGUUUAUUUCAUUUAA